AUGAGUAGAAGAUUUUACAUCUUUUACUCUGUUUUACUUCUCUUCUACGGAUCAUCGACUCUGUUUUCUCCCGUCACCGGUGACCUCGCCGGAGACAGACAAGCCCUUCUUGACUUCCUCAACAACAUCACUCACCCACGGUCUCUAGCAUGGAACGCAAGCAGCCCGAUAUGCGCCACGUGGCCAGGCGUCACGUGCGACAGAGACGGCACACGUGUCACUGGCCUGCGCUUGCCCGGGGCGAGUCUUCUUGGAGUGAUUCCUCCGGGAACUAUCAGCCGUCUAUCGGAGCUUCAGAUUCUCAGUCUCCGAUUCAACGGCUUACAAGGCCCAUUCCCCAUCGAUUUCUUGCAGCUCAAGAAACUCAAAGCGAUUAGUCUCAGCAACAACAAAUUCUCCGGCCCACUACCGUCGGAUUACGCCACGUGGAAGAAUCUCACCGUUCUUGAUCUGUUUGGUAACCGAUUCGACGGUCGGAUUCCCAGUGGGUUUGCGAAUCUGACAGGACUCGUCUCGCUUAACUUAGCUGAGAACUCACUGUCCGGUGAAAUCCCGGAUCUUGAUCUCCCCGGUCUACGCAGGCUUAACUUCUCCAACAAUAAUCUCACCGGAUCAAUCCCAAAAUCUCUGAGACGAUUCGGAAACUCGGCUUUUUCCGGCAACAAUUUAAUUUACGAAAAUGCCCCUCCGCCGGUGGUUUUCCCUACGGAAAAGGAGAAAGAAAACCGCGGGAUCUAUAUCUCAGAACCGGCUAUUCUCGGGAUAGCGAUUAGCGGUUGCUUCGUGAUAUUCUUCGUAAUCUCGGCGUUGAUCAUCAUUUGCUAUGUGAAAAGGCAGAGGAAGAAAGAAACAGAGACAGAGAAGCUGAAACCGGCAAAGGAAUUAGCGUCUAAACUAGUAAAAGAGAAGAAUGUAGAAGUAAUGGAGGAGAAGAUCGAAAUUGACAGAGUUAUGUUCUUUGAAGGAAGCAAUCUUGCUUUCAACUUCGAUGACUUGUUGGGAGCUUCGGCAGAGUUUCUAGGGACAGGCACUUUUGGGAUGACAUACAAAGCGGUUCUAGGCGAUUCCAAGGCCAUAGCGGUUAAGCGAUUGAAGAAUGUGGUUGUGUCGCGGAAAGAUUUCAAACAUCAAAUGGAGAUCGUUGGAAACAUUAGGCAUGAGAACGUUGCUCCUUUAAGAGCUUACGUGUGUUCCAAGGAUGAGAAGCUUAUGGUCUAUGAUUACUACCCUAAAAAAAGUCUCUCUGUUCUUCUUCAUGGCAAGGAUAGCGAUAAGGGCCACGUGGCCCACGUUCCGUUGAAAUGGGAAACGCGAUUGAGAUUCAUGAUCGGAUUAGCAAAAGGAUUAGCUCACAUACACACAGAACACAAGCUGGCGCAUGGUAACGUCAAACCGUCCAAUGUAUUCAUAAAUUCCAAAGGAUAUGGAUGCAUAUCGGAAACCGGUUUAGCUGUUUUAACCAACCCUUUUAGGAGGGGAGAUGAAUCAGCUAGAGCUUUCAAACGUUACCGUGCCCCGGAAACAAUCGACGACACGAGGAGAUCGACGCCGGAAUCAGACAUAUACGCUUUGGGAAUUUUGAUUCUGGAAAUUCUAACCGGAAGAUCGAGUAUGCAUGAUGAAGAGGAGGAGGGCAUAUUCAUAGAACUUGUGACUUGGGUGAAUACGGUUGUGGCAAAACAAUGGACAGGUGAAGUGUUUGAUUUGGAGCUUGUGAAGACUCCUAACAUUGAAGCAAAGUUGCUUCAGAUAUUACAGUUAGGGCUGGAUUGUGUGUCUAAGACUCCGGCGAAGAGACCGAAGAUGGUGCAAGUGGUUAAGACAUUGGAAGAGAAUGAGGGGGUUUGA